AUGUCGACCGACUAUGGAGUGAUUGGCCUUGGAAUUAUCGGUUAUGGCAUGGCCGGCAAUUUACGCAAAAAGUUGCCGCAAACCACGACACUCUACGUUUUUGACAUCAAACAAGAUCUCAUCGAGCAACUAAUCCGGGAAUUUGGCUCAUAUGGCAAGAUUCAACCCACCUCAUCCGCCAAAGAGCUUGCGUCUAAAGUGGGCACGGUUUUAUCGAGUUUGCCUGCCGGUCCCCACGUACGCAAGGUUUAUCUAGAUUCCGAGAAAGGGAUCAUUGCGGCCUUAAAGGGAUCGGAUCGACUGUUGAUUGACUGCAGUACUAUCGAGAUCGAAUCUACCCAAGAGAUUGGGAAAAUCGUUAUGGAGGCUGGGGUAGGCACCUUCGUGGAUGCCACUGUAUCGGGUGGAAUGUGGGGUGCAAAUGCAGGGACAUUGUCAUUUAUGGUCGGUCAUCCAGAGCCCACGGAGGGUGAUUCAGUCGGCAAGCGCAUUUUCCAAACGUUGUCCCUUGUCGGGGUUCCGAGCACGAUUGCAUUCUGCGGUGGUCUCGGCAUGGGACAAGUGGCUAAGAUUGCACACAACUAUAUCACUCUGGCAAACAAUCUGGUUGCUACAGAAGGAAUGGCGAUUGGACUGAAGUACGGAAUUGACAAGAAAGCCCUGUUCAAGUGCAUCAGAGAAGGUACUGCGAAUUCCUGGGUGAUGGGUCUGGAGCAACCAGUUCCUGGCCUAGUGCCCGAGGCUCCUUCGAGCAACAAUUACAAGCGAGCCUUUGCCCCUGCGUUGAGUGUGAAGGACCUCACGAUUGGCAUCAACGCCGCGAAAAAAGUUGGCAUUAAUCCCAGUGCGGGCGAAGCUGCCAUCGCGGCCUUUCGAGAGGUUGAUGCUGAUCCUCGCACUCAUGUAAGUAUUUAUCGAUUUUCGUUGCAUUUUCAACAGGUUGACAAGUCUCAUGAAUAG